UCAGGGUUUUUUCGUUGUUAUGAGUAGCAGGAGAGCCAGGAGAAGAAACCUUGGGAGGGCUGUCACCACCGCCUAAUCUGCCAUUGACACACCACCAAAAGCAGCUUUCUUUCUCAGAGAGAGAGAGAGAGAGAGAGAGAAUAGUUUUAGUGGGAAAAGGGUAGAAUUCUCUGUCGUGAAUUCGAUUCAACGGUUGAAUCUCCCAAAUCCAGAAAGGGAAAAGAGUGAAAAAGGGCUUUAUAUAAACCCAAACCCAGAUCGAGUUCUUCACAAAUUCGAGGAAGUGGUUCUGAAAUUUCUCGCAGAACAAUGUCGAGUAGAGAUGUGGAGAGAGGAGGGAAGAACAGAGGAAACAACAGUUAUUUCUACGAUGAAUCUUCAGGAGACACACAGUGGACGUCGUGGCUGAUCCCUGCGAUCGUUGUGGCGAACGUCGGCGUUUUCAUCGCCGUCAUGUUUGUCAAUGACUGUCCGAAAACUGUUUCCGGCGGCCGAGGAAAUUGCGUGGCUGGGUUUCUCGGGAGGCUCUCGUUUCAGCCUCUGAGGGAGAAUCCUCUCUUUGGUCCAUCUUCUUCGACAUUGGAGAAAAUGGGAGCUUUGGAAUGGAGAAAAGUUGUGAAAGAACAUCAAGGAUGGAGGCUCAUCACUUGUAUGUGGCUUCAUGCCGGUGUCAUUCAUCUUCUUACAAACAUGUUGAGUUUGGUCUUCAUCGGUAUCCGCCUCGAACAGCAGUUUGGCUUCAUACGAGUGGGGAUGAUCUACCUCAUGUCGGGACUCGGUGGAAGCGUAUUAUCUUCACUCUUCCUUCAGCAGAGUAUCUCUGUUGGUGCCUCAGGUGCUUUGUUCGGACUUCUUGGAGCUAUGCUUUCCGAGCUCCUCACCAACUGGACUAUCUACGCCAACAAAGCUGCUGCCCUGUUAACGCUCGUGUUCAUCAUAGCCGUGAACUUAGCCCUCGGAAUGCUUCCUCGUGUGGAUAACUUUGCCCACAUCGGAGGGUUCUUGACAGGAUUCCUUCUCGGAUUCGUCCUCCUGGUACGGCCUCAGUUCGGCUGGGAAGAAUCACGUGUUGCUUCGUACGGCGUCCGUACCAAACCCAAGUACAAUGCUUGCCAGUACGGCCUCUUCAUUACCGCCGCCCUCUUGCUCGUCCUCGGGUUAACAGUGGGGCUGGUGAUGCUGUUCAAAGGGGAGAAUGGGAAUAAGCAUUGCAAAUGGUGUCAUUACCUAAGUUGUGUUCCUACUUCCAAAUGGACCUGUUGAUUGUGUUCAAUUUCAUACAAAAAAUAUUGUCUAUCUUCCUCUUCUUCUUCUUUGUGUUCAACUCAUCAUCUAAUGUUAUCUAUUUUUCAAGUUUUUUUAAAAAAAAAAAUUUGAUUGUGUA